AUGGAUAUGGAGUGCCCCGGAUGCUGUAAAAUCAGCACCACCUUUAGCUGUGCACAAAUGACAGUUUGGUGUGUGGGCUGCCGCCCUGUGCUCCGUCAGCCCACAGGAGGAAAAGCAAGGCUUCCGGAAGGAUGCACCUUCCGAAGGAAGCAGCACUGGAAGAAAUGGAGAGGGAAAGCUGUUCCAAUAGGAGCCCAUUUCUUUGGUGGCAGUAGAGUUACCCUUUGA